CACAGCUUCCACUCCGCUCUCUCCCCCAUUAAAAGCACAUUCGAGCAUUCGUUGAUACCGAUGUCAAUACCAAACUCAUCGAAUACGGAGUAUCCGAGCAUAUCGCCUGUGUCAUCUCAAUUCGGAUCCUUAGCGUCUAAAUCACGUUUACCCUUGCUCAGCGUUUUCGAAAUUUCACUCAUGAUGAUCAAAAAUAUGCAUCAACAAUAGUAUCGCAUCGCAUCGUACUUUCUCUCCCUGUCGUCCCGUACCGGCCCUGAUUCCAGGAUUUUCCGUAUAUUAAAAGUCCCGGGUCUGGAUUUUCUCAGCUUUAUGAUAGUCCGCCGAGAUGCGGUAUUGUGAACCCAUUGAAAUGGUGAGACGGUCACUGCCCCUGCGCCUCAGGAACGCCACGCAAAUAUCGGUACCUCGGAUCUUCUUAUCAACGGCAACCCUAUACUUGGCAUCUAUUAUAGGAUAUUACACCUUGCCAUCCGUUUUGUCGGUCCGUCCUCUCUGAUGCUUAGCGGUGGCGAAGAGAAAGAGCUGGUGAGUACUGUGACGGUGUUCGUGGAUGCUGAGGAUUGUAUCAAAGCCGUGGAUGGUGGCUCCCUCAAGUUUGUCGAGAGCAGCAGUUUCCACUCAAACAAUGCGGACAUCAACAAGAACGCAGAUUAUGACUUUGAUGAUCCAAAUCUUGAAAAGACACCAAUAGAAUCAAUAGCAGAUGAGGAGGAGUCGGAUUCCAGAAGAAGCCACGCCUCUGUCUUUGAGGACGAUUCCCCUUAUCCAGAAGUGCGCUCGGCCGUUGCUAACUCAGACGAUCCGUCAAUACCCGUAUCAACCGUGCGGUCAUGGAUGCUUGGUAUUAUAUGGGCGAUGAUCAUCCCGGGCCUGAACCAAUUUUUCUUCUUUCGAUAUCCUUCUCUCACACUUACUGGAAUAUUUGCACAAUUGACGGUUUUCCCCGUUGGCAGAGCACUGGCGAGGUUUGUCCCUCGAGUGAAAGUGCUCGGGAUUCCGCUGAAUCCAGGCCCGUUCUCAAUCAAGGAACAUGUCCUGAUCACUAUCAUGGCAACCGUAGGUGCCUGCAGCGCAUACGCCACGGACAUCGUUGCCGUCCAGAGACUCUAUUAUAAUCAAGACUUCGGCUUUGGACACCAAUGGAUGAUGAUAAUGUCCACUCAGCUGAUUGGAUUUUCCAUUGGCGGCAUUGCCCGUCGAUUUCUCGUUCAGCCACCAUCCAUGAUCUGGCCAACUAACCUCGUAACCUGCGCCCUAUUCAAUACAUUGCAUGCGCACACCUACGCGGGCAUCGGCUACCGCGCAGGAAUCGGCCGUGAGGCCUUCUUUCUCUACGCUUUCAUUGGCUCUUUCUGCUGGUACUUCGUGCCUGGUUAUCUCUUCACCGCCCUCAGCACCUUCACAUGGGUGACGUGGUUGGCACCGAACAGCGUACCGAUUAACGAGAUGUUUGGGUACGUGCAUGGAAUGGGCAUGAGUAUCAUCACCUUCGACUGGGCUCAGAUUGCCUAUAUAAGCUCGCCUUUGGCCACUCCGUGGUGGGCCGAAGCCAAUGUUUUUGCAGGUUUUGUGCUUGCUUACUGGAUCAUCGUCCCGGCACUGCACUUCACGGAUGUAUGGUACGGCAAAUAUAUGCCGAUCUCGUCUCGGGGAGCGUACGACAAUACCGGGGCUUCGUACAAUGUGACUAGGAUUAUCAAUCCUGAUACAACCUUCAAUGAAGAACAGUACCAAGCUUAUAGUCCACUUUUCCUCUCUACGACAUUUGCUAUGUCGUACGGACUGUCCUUCGCAAGCAUAACUGCCACAGUCACCCACUCGUUCCUUUACUUUCGCGCCCAUAUCAUGCGGCAUUCACGGCUUUCUUUACAAGAACAGCCGGAUAUACAUGCGCGCUUGAUGUCGUACUAUCCCCAAGUGCCUUCAUGGUGGUAUGCAUUAGUAUUUAUUACUAUGUUCAUAUUCGGUGCCGUAAGCAUCGAGCUGUGGGACACAAAAUUUCCUAUCCACUUUUUUAUUCUUGCUUUGGUCAUCUCAUUUCUCUAUGUUAUUCCUGUCGGGAUUAUACAGGCUAUCACUAACCAGCAAAUAUCUCUCAACGUUUUUACCGAGCUGAUUAUUGGAUUCGCACAUCCGGGUCGUCCAGUUUCCAUGAUGUUGUUUAAGACAUACGGUUAUGUUACCAUGACCCAAGCCUUGCAAUUUACAUCGGAUUUUAAGCUCGGCCACUACAUGAAGAUCCCUCCACGGGUAAUGUUUUUAGCCCAAGUUCUCGCCGCGGUUAUUGCUGGUACCACACAACUUGGUGUUCAGACUUGGUUAUUUGCGAACAUCGCGGACAUAUGUACGCCUAAACAGAGAGAUGGUUGGAUAUGUCCUUCGACGGAAGUCUUUGGUACGGCAAGCGUCGUCUGGGGCGUUAUUGGCCCUUCACGCCAACUAUCCAGGGGCCAAAUCUACUACGCCCUGGUCUUUUGCUUUAUUAUCGGCGUCGUUUGUCCGGUUAUUGCUUACUACAUCAGUCGUAAAUUCCGAAGAAACGGGUGGCUCUCUUAUUUGACUUUUCCUAUCAUCUUCUCUGGGACGGGAUACAUGCCUCCAGCGAGCGCUGUCAACUACGUGCCUUGGGCUGCUGUCGGAUUCCUUUUUCAGUUCUACAUCCGCCGGUAUCACUUCUCGUGGUGGACGAAAUACAACUACGUACUCUCCGCUGCCUUGGACGGAGGUGUGGCAUUUUCCGCUGUAGCGAUAUAUUUCUGUUUGAAUUACCCAAUGGGAGGAAAGAUCGGAGAGCAUAGCAUAAAGUCUUGGUGGGGAAAUGCUGUUGUGUCUGGUACCGCAGAUUAUAAAGGGAUACCUAUGCGUACUGUUGCCGAGGGGGAGUAUUUCGGUCCCAGGACAUGGACAUGAUAUACUAAUGAUAUCAACCAACCAUUAGACUAUGAAUCGUCACGUUGCAUUAAUAUAUUUUUUAUCUGUAUUGUAGAUAUAUUAUUUUAUGGGUUCGCUGUUGCAGGGCGGGUCAAAGGUUGCCAAAUGCGAAUAUAUCGUUUGUAGGAUAGUUUGUCGAGCUACUUACUCUGUACACUAUCACUUAUCUCCAACGAUUUCAGAAGUUUGAGUGGUUGACUGUUGCAUCUUUUGUAUUGACUACGCCCACAAAACGCUUUGUUGGGUCCUCCAACCAGGCGUAUUCAAUUCGAAAAUCUAAGUUUACC